AUGGGCUGCGCCAGCAGGUGUGUGUGUGGCGUGGCCUCCGCUGCCGCCGCCGCCGCCGCCGCCCUCGAGCCGCAUGUCCCCCCACGCCCACCACUGCCGGCAGGAGCGCUCAGCAGCCACAGCGUCGCCAUCGCGAGCGGAGCAGGAGGAGGCGGAGGGGGCAACCACUGGCACAUCGCGCCGCUGCACUGGGCGGCCUGGCAGGGGGAUGCCGCCCGGGUGUCGGUGCUGCUGGCCACGGGGCGGGCAGACAUCGAGGAAUUGGACGAGCAGGACAGGGACGGCUGGUCGGCCCUGCACUUUGCCGUCCGCGGGCGCAGCGCCGCCUGCCUGGACCUGCUUCUGGGCGCCGGGGCCGACCCCGGCCGCCGCGACGCGGCGCACGGCACCCCCCUCCACCUGGCCGCCGCGGCCGGCAGCGCCGAGUGCGUGGCGGCGCUGCUGCGGCGCGGGGCGUGCCCCGCGGUGGAGGGAAAGGACGGGCGCACGCCCCUGCACGAGGCCGCCAUGCGCGGGCACGCCGGCUGCGUGGCGGCGCUGCUGGCCGCGGGCGGGACCCGCACGCUUGGCAUGAAGGACGGCCACGGCAGCACGGCGGCGCAGUAUGCGGAGCAGCACCUGGCGCGGCUGCAGGCAGCAGAGCAGCGGGCGCCCUACCAGCAGCCGGCGGACAGGCUGCGGGAUGCCCUUGAGGCGGCAGCUCUCCUGCGCAAAGCAGCAGCGGGAGCAGGCGCACGCGGCCCCCCCGCCAAGAUGCCCAGUGUGCAGAGCGCAGACAAGUGCCCUGCUGCCUGCUGCCCUGCCCUGGGAAGCCAGCUGUCCCUUUGUCACAACGAGCCUGGCGGCAGCCUGCCAGCACUGCCCUGCCGUCACGUGGUCGCAGCUGUGUAUGCCUGGAAGGGUUGCAUGCUAUGCUACAUGGAAGGUGGAUAG